CAUGGUUUCCGGUCGGUUGGGUCCUUGCGCGUCACUUCCUGUAGUUCCUGAUAAAGGCGGCUCGGCGGGAUCUCCGCGGGUCAGUAUUUUUGAAUCCGGUGCGAAUCGGAACCAUCGGCGCUCUAACCAUGACGGUGGGGAAGAGUUCUAAGAUGCUGCAGCACAUCGAUUUCAGGAUGAGGUGCAUCCUGCAGGAUGGCCGGAUCUUCAUCGGCACCUUCAAAGCAUUCGACAAACACAUGAACCUCAUCCUGUGCGACUGCGACGAGUUCAGGAAGAUCAAGCCAAAGAACUCAAAGCAGCCGGAGCGUGAGGAAAAGAGAGUUCUGGGUCUGGUUCUACUGAGGGGGGAGAACCUGGUCUCCAUGACAGUGGAGGGCCCACCCCCUAAAGAUACGGGGAUUGCUCGCGUCCCAUUGGCGGGAGUGGCUGGAGGUCCAGGUGUGGGCCGGGCAGCGGGUCGUGGCGUUCCCGCGGGAGCGCCGAUGCCUCAGGCACCAGCCGGCCUCGCGGGACCUGUCAGAGGAGUGGGUGGACCUUCGCAGCAGGUGAUGACGCCACAGGGCAGAGGGACGGUUGCUGCAGCAGCAGCAGGUGCCAGCAUUGCCGGGGCACCAACGCAGUACCCACCUGGACGUGGAGCCCCACCCCCCAUGGGCAGAGGUGCCCCGCCUCCAGGUAUGAUGGGCCCACCUCCUGGCAUGCGGCCCCCAAUGGGACCUCCGAUGGGGAUGCCGCCCGGCCCGGGUCGUGGCGCUCCAAUGGGGAUGCCCCCCCCAGGCAUGAGGCCACCUCCACCUGGCAUGAGAGGACCGCCUCCUCCUGGGAUGAGACCGCCCCCACGGCCCUGAAGAAGCUCCACCCCCUCACGCUCAACUGUUGUAUAGAUUUUUCUUUUUAAAUUUGUUUUGUUGUUUUUUGUUUUGUUUUUAAAUAAAGUUUCUCAGUUUGUGCAA